UCUAGCAGGCAAAGCUAUUUGUCUUUCAUUCUAUUUAUCUGUUCAUUGUUGUAACUGGCAUCUAAGCACCGUUGCCUUUAAAGUGCCUUUAAGGUGCAUCGUCAAAGCCAUGUUUUGUUAUAUAUUGCCUUCGUAUGCGCCUUUGUAAAUCUAUCUAUCAUUAGAACCUGUACGACUUGUCGGUUUUACAACCUAACUGACUGUCUAACUGACGGACUACUGUACUCAGCAGCUAACAAGAUGCUGUCUAACUAACUUCAAACUAACUUCAACUUAACUUAACUGCUGCUUAACUGUGUAUGUGGAAUAAACCUUCAGAAAGACAGUCGAGUUGUGCCCGCCGUACUUGUUCUGGUUACCCUUUCCAGAAGGGAGCAUUGAGCUGGAAAGACCAGCCAGCAGAAAUCUGGACAGUUGUAAAACCGUUUUAGGCGCCGUAUCAGUGGAGUACGGACUGCCGAGCGGAGGACGACAAUCGUGAAGUACCAGGACGCUGGUGAAGCGAAUCAGUCUUGAAUAACUCAACGGAGAAGCCGGAGCAAAGAGCUUAUGGAGCCGUUGAAGGAUUAAAGGAAGUGCCGCAGCCGAGUGAAAGGCUGUGAAGAUUGCACAAGGAAUACAAAGCUCUUCUGGGCGAAAGAGCCUCACAGACUGUGACAUUGUGACGUCGACAGCUUGGGGCGUGGACAUUCGUGUGCCAUUCGUGGACGUGUCGUUUGCAAAGAACUGAAUCCUUUGAACGAGUCAUUGGCAACGGACGUCGACAGCUUGGGGCGUGGACAUUCGUGUGCCAUUCGUGGACGUGUCGUUUGCAAAGAACUGAAUCCUUUGAACGAGUCAUUGGCAAUGGACCAGAGAGUCGACUCCAAUCAAUUCCAAUUCCAGAGUGAGUCAGGAGUUCAAAGAAGAAAAAUGGCAGAUGACAAGCCAGAUCUGGAAAGCCUACAGCGGAGGCGCUCAAAUGCACAGCGGAGCCUAACGGCGCGUAUAAACCGCCUUAAUUUCAAAGCUGGACGUCUAGGCACAGGAAAAUUGUCGCAAGAGUUGGCAGGGUUGGAAAACGACUAUGAUAUUUUCGUCGACGCCUGCAGUGAAUAUAUCGAAGACCUGGAACAGAUAGACUCAACGGACGACCACUGUGAGUUAAGAGACACUCUGACAAAGAGGGACGCCAUUGGGCAAAGGUACCAUGAGACAAUGGAAAUGUUGUGGUUUAAGGAUGCUGAGCCGGUAAUAAGCACCCUCGUGGCACGGUUCAAUUCAGCUUUCGACCAGGCCGAGGAACUCGGCAGGAAAAGUGCACUACAGUGGUGUCAGCAAGAGGCCAGGAGGCAGGGACUGGAUCAGGAACUCCACAAACUCAGAGACGCUGUGUAUGUUUGGAAAGACUAUUGGCCAUACGGUGAAGAAAAGUGGAGACUCCUUUUAACAUUGGAAAAUAAAAAGAAGGUACUGAUGGAGGAUUGGGCACGCCGCCGGGAUAACAAGCGGGGAGGUGGGCUUACCCGACCAGUAACUUGUGCUAGUACCACCCCACCUGUUCACACCCACUCAGCUAUCAGGCAGGGCACCAUAGCUGGCACAUGUCCCCCUCAUCAACCUCCUCAACAGCCUCAACAACCUAAUUAUGGACCCACUGUCAGCUUUACUCAGCCUCCAACCCUCACCAGUCCCACCAACUCCAGCAUGGGACAAAGGAGAACGGUGCCCACCAGCAACUUUGGUACAGUCACAGGGGGAGAAGACAGCUCUCAGUGGGCCCAACCCAUAGCAAAGAUCACACCGAUAAGCUUUCCUAAGAUUUCCGGGAGCAGGAAGGCUGAUUGGGAGAGUAUCCAGGCGCAAGCGGGUCCCACAGAGUCCUUUGAAGAAGAGCAGAAUAAACUGAAGGGUCAAGUGACAGAGUUACAGAAAGUAACGGAUGUCAAUGUCAAGAAGGUAGAGGAGGAGAGCAAACUGAGGGCCGAGAUGUCUGAGCUCAGCAGGGAGCUGAGCUCUGAAAAGACCCAAACCGAUGAGCUGCAGGAGACCUUGGCGCAAAGUCAGGAGAAUCUUACUGAGCUUCAGUCUGACUUCUACCAGAAAGAGUCAGAAGAAGAAGAGUCUACUCUGCAUCAAGACCUCAAGGCACCAGAAGAAAGACUUAGCUUAGCACAGGAGGACUUGGCUACCAACACCAGCCAACUCCUGCUAACCACACCACUGCUAACUUCAAACCGGACAGGUUUGGAGGCUCAGACAAAGGAACUGAAGAGAAGCCACAGCUCGUUGGAGCCGGAGCUCACUAAACAAGAGCAGAAGCACCUGGUGAUACUGCCUUUAGAGAGCAGACUUUCUGAGAAAAUGCUAACCCAGUGGCUUGCACAUGUGAGCAGCCCCAAAAACUAUGCCUUCCCGGGUAACCAUUUUGAGAAGCUCUUAUUGUUCCUGGCGCCUUUCCUGAAAGGCCAAAAGUCAUUACUCACAGGAGUAGAGCUUUUGUAGUUCAGCGAGCCAAUCCCCAUUUACACUUCUGAGAGACCCAGCUACCAUGAGAAGCCGGUCGACUGGAGGAGGAUCCUAGAGGGAGUGGAGAAGAUCCUGAAAGCAAGGGGCUUCUACCUCAAGCCCUGGGUCCGGUCUGGUCAAAGUGGGAGGAAGGACGAGGCUAAGCCUGACCAAAUGACUCUCCUUACUGAAGGAGAAGUGGAUGUAAAAGCACCAAACCCAUUAACUCGUCGCGUCCUACUGAGCCAGAUCAAUGGAUUGUACGACCCAAUCGAUCAUCUAACAACACCUGUGAAGCAAAAAGGUGUGAUUCCUGUGAGGAAGGCCUCCCAGGAGGCUGGCAAGUUCACUAAGGACACUUGGGAGGAGUCCCUCUCUGACGAACUCCGAGGGAAAGCAAUCGAGCUGUUCAAGGAGUACACUCGCUUGGGGAGCAUCAAGUUCCACAGAAGCCUCACACCCUCCGGCUGGAGGGGCGAGCCCUGGGGAAUCACAUUCUCUGAAGGAAGCUGUGAAUCUUAAGGCGCCGUACUGUACCUGCGAUGGGAAACGUCAGAUGGUGUAGUUACCCGGUUGGUGGACUCAAAAGCCAAGUUAACCCCCUUAAACCAGAAAGGCGACGCAGUCAAUGCCGAAAUCUGUGGGGCUUUCUUCGCCGCACGCCUGAAGGAAUACAUGCUGAAGCAUGGAAGAUUGGCUGUAGAAAAGUGGUACCACUUCAUAGACAGUCAGACUGUGCUGGGAGCCAUCCAGCGAGACAGUUACGGACUUCAAACAUUCUUUGCAAAUAGGGUCGGGGAGAUCCAGAAGGCUGGGCCCGUAACUGAUUGGUGGUGGAUCCCAGGUGACGUCAACGUCGCUGAUCUCGUCACAAGAGGGUGUUCACCCAAGCGACUAGACGAAAACUCCGCGUUGCAGAAGGGUCCCGAGUUCCUGUCUAGUCCAGUGAAAGAUUGGCCUAUGGAAUCUGCAGCAAAAGUGGCGGCUGAUGCUACAGAGACAGUGAGUAAACUCCAGAAGAAAGACUUUACAGCAGCUCUCACCAGAACCCAAGCGCAGAAGUUGUUAAAUUCUGGUAGUGAAGGCCGGAAUUUCACAGAUGGAGAUAGCAGGUCUCUAGCAGGGCUCCAGUCGGCAGGAUAUGAGACAAAAUCGAUCCCUGUUGAGACCAAGAAAGAUGAGACACUCUGGGGAGCCGCACUCAUAGUCCAAGUGGGUCUGAAAAGGUACAACCCUUUAGCUAAGCUCUGUGGGGGGGUCAGUUAUGCCCGAAAGGCUGUAAAGAAGUGGGUUGCUCGUAUAGGGAGAGCCCCUAUUCCAGCAAAGUGGGAGGUAGUACUGACAGUGACCGAACUUGAAACUGCAUUCCAAGAUCCCCCUACGUCAUCCCGCUCAUCAGAGACACUGUGAGGCGGGGAAUAAAGAACAGACUCGUCGUCAACAAGGACGAAGCUUCGGGGCUCCUGCGGUGCUACGGCAGAGUCCAAGCCAUCACCUGGGGAAACCCCGGAGUACCCCUGGUCCCAUAUAAUGCCUGGAUCAGCACCCUCCUCACACGGGAAGCCCACGGAGCCAACCAUGAAGGCAUCGCUGGCACACUCCUCAGAGUGAGGUCCAAAGCAUGGGUAGUACAGGGGCCAAGAAUCGCAAGAAGCAUCAUUGACUCCUGCGUGCAUUGUCGAAAGACCAAGGCAAGGUUAUGCAGGCAACAGAUGAGUGAGCUUCCUAGUGAACAAUCUGAACCAGCCGCACCGUUUGAGCUAACAGCACUGGAUCUCUUUGGCCCCUUCGUUGUCAGAGACACUGUAAAGUGAAGAACAAAGAUGAAAGUCUGGGGAGUAGUAUUCAGUCGUAUGGCUUCCAGGGCACUGCAUGCUGACAUCAUGGAAGACCUGCCAACGGAUGGCUUCCUAAAGGCGUACCAGCGCUUCACAGCUCUCAGGGGCCACCCAAGGAAACUUUGGUCGGAUAAAGGGACCAACUUCGUGGGCGCCAAGCCAGCUUUAAGGGAGCUCUACGAAUUCCUGAACGACAUCGACAAGGAUCAAGUCCAGAAGAAAGCAACCGCCGCUGGGACCGACUGGUCGUGGGUGUUUCACCCAGCAGACUCUCCCCAUCGAAACGGAGCAGCUGAUGCAGCAGUCCAUACGCUCAAGAGAGCGUUGAGCAACGGGGUGGAAAGUCACCUGACAGCACUGGAGUUCCAGACUCUCCUCUACCUGGCAGCUAAUCUGUCAAACGAAAGGCCAAUUGACCUACCCUGUGGCGCGCCUGAGAGCGGUCCAGAUCGAGGUUGACAAGUUCUGGAAGCGGUGGAGCCAGCUGGCGGGCCCGGGCCUCUUCGUUCGACAGAAGUGGCACGCGGGUGCAAGGAACGUCACAGUGGGAGACUUAGUGUGGUUGGCUGACCAGAAUGCACUGAGAGGCCAGUUUAGGCUCGGUCGAGUUGUGGAGGCCCAUCCUGAUGUGAAAGGCAUAGUACGAGAUGUGAAAGUGAGGACGUGCCAAAGUUGCCCGGUUUUCAGUGGACAACGUGGGAAAGGCAAAGAGAAGGUGAACUGUCCCUCCACCAUCCUUCACAGAGAUGUCAGAAGGCUGGCGGUUCUGUUACCAGUGGAGGAACAGAAAGAUUCCCCACCACAUGAUGGUGUGUUUCGGUAAAGGGUGCCACUGUGUCAGCAAGGACAAUGUGUUCAUGGACAGUGAAACCUUUAUUUGUCAUUUGUAUCUGUUAUUCAUUCAUAUCGUGUGUGAUACGUUCGUACCCAGCGAGGUAGCUUUAUGUACCCAUUUGAAAGGUAAAAAUUGUGUGUGAUACGUUCGUACCCAGCGAUGUAGCUUUAUGUACCCAUUUGAAAGGUAAUAAUUGUGUGUAAUACGUUCGUACCCACACUGUAACAAAUUUCUGUAAUUUCUACAGUAAAAAAUUACAGAAGCUUGUUGUCCUAUCCUUUUACAAGGUGUAACUGUAAAUUGCAAUGUAUUAUGGGUAUAAAAAUAAUUACAGUAAUUUAAAGCUGUAACACAUUUUAAAAUUACAGCAUGGUUAUGUUUUCACUUGGUUCUGACUGUAAAUGAUACAUUUACAGUUAAACACUGUUCGGCUAAUAUUGGCGGUUUGCAAGAGGAUAGGCAUUUGAUGGCGGGAGGAGGAGAGCGAACCCAGCAUUCAUCCACUCAAUAAAGAAUGCUUCCUGGGGAUCAACCCAACCUCUGGCACAAAGGCCACAAAGUGGAUCAUUCCAAGAAGUGGGAAGGUGCAAGAGAAGAGGAACAGCAAUGUCAACCUUCAUGUCUCUGCACAUCUAAAAAGGUUAAUGGACUUUGAAUGGCUUUGAGCCCGUUUGCAAAAGAAACAAUAAUGGCACACUGUUUUGUAUAAAAAAAAACAAAAAAACAAUGGUUCUAAGAUGUGGUUAUUUUUUACACAUUUGACUUUGUUGCUGCAAAUUACAGUAGUUAAUUCAAAGUUACACUGUGUGGCUGCAAGUCUUGUGCAGUCUGGUGUAUGUUUAUGUGAGUUUGUUCAUGUCUGUGUGAGUUUGAAAAUAUACACAUCGGGUAUUGAGUGUUAAUAAAUGUUUUGUAUUGUUGCA